AUGACGAGCGAUGCAACAGAAAAUGAGUAUAUUACAGCAGUUUACCGGCGAUUACGUGCAUAUCUUAAAAAAAAGGCACGUUUAGAUAGAACACAAGAGCAACAAGCAAGCGGUAUACAGUUAAAUGAUGAUCAACUUGCUCUAGUUCGUAAUAAAGAUCAAGUUCUUGCACCACUUAAAGAGCUUGAAGCACUUGCAGCACAUUUUGCAUCGCUUUCAGCAAAAGAACAAAAAUUAAAUGAUAAAGUAAAAGAUAUUGAAGCUAUUGAUGGCUUAAUAGAAGCCCAGGAAGCCCAGAAAAUAGGGCAAAGCAUGUUUUUAGAAGAAAUAAAAAGCCCAGGGGUUCCAGAAGGAUCUGGACAGUGUAUUGGACAAGGAAUUGGAAAAGAGUUGGUAUGGAUGUUAGUACGGUUUUUACGGCAUGCAAGUAUUACACGACAUGUGCCAACUGGACAGGCAGCGUAUGAUGCAGCGGUAGAACGAGUACUGCAGCAAGUUUAUGAAGCAGAUUUAAUGGCAGUGAAUGUGGUGGAAAAGUUGUAUAUGGGAGUGGAUGAAUGUAUUGACGAGAGUGAGACGGUGACGUAUCGGCAGAUGCGACAACAGAUUGAGCUGCAAACGCAGCAAUUACAACAGGAACACCAGGAACAGAUGAAUCCGGAAACGAAAGAGGCAUUGAUGCAAACGAAAGAGCAGCCAACACAUUUACCAUCGCAUACCGUUGAAUCGGCGCUGCAACACCAUUUAUUAGGGCCAUCACACCCACCACAAUCGUUGCAAGCCAUGUCGAUGGUACCAGCGACGUUAACGACUUUGGAUAACAAUACAUAUGGGAUGGAGACACCUCAGGUGUCUUCUAUGCAGCAAAUGGCUUACGGUAAAACGACAGUUGGUGCGCCAGUAUCAGCGAUGAGUGCUACAGCAGCGAUUACACCGGGAGCGGAAGGUGUUGGGUUGGUUGGCGGUGUUUCUAUGGGCGUAAAUGAUAAUAAAUUACGAAGACCGUAUGAGCGGAUUAGUUUUUUAAACAAGAGUGAAAUUGAGGAUAUGCCGUUGAAGGAUUCAAUCGAGACGAAUUAUCCACAAGUUCCAAUGGACACGUUAAAAAAUGUGCUUUAUAACCAUUAUCCGGUUGAGGGAGGAGUAUUUUCGGCACCAAUGCACUAUGGAAUGCCGGUUGCGCCGUCUUUAUCCUCUGUAUCGUGGGAGGAGUCGCAUGCAAUGAAUCAUCCUACAGCAGUACAUUGGAGUCCGGAAAAACAUACGCCAUUAGUGAGUUUUGAGGUUCCACCAACAGAAAAUACAGUCCGAAUGGAUGGACAGAAUAGAUCGGUCCCAAAGAACAAAGGUAGAGGUCGAGGACGUGGUCAGGGACAUGGAGAAAAUCGUUUGAGGGGUACUUUUUAUGGUAGAAAUAAUGAACAUCUUGGACGAGGGCGUCGGAUCAAGGAAGGGUUUGAACACAAAGAUCAAAUGAAUCUCGGUAUAUCUAAGAAGGAUACAUACGGCAUUGAACAGAAUUUUAGAAACGGAUAA